AUGUCUGACAAGCCUGGUCGUACUAUUUUAGCUUCAUCUAUUUCAAAGACUUACGUCGAAGAAAUAACCAAAAAAAUAGAAUCUAUGAGGAACAUAAGGCCCAAUGGACCACUUUUGGUCGGGUUCUUGGCGAACAACGAUCCCGCUGCAGAGAUGUACGCUAACUGGACUGGAAAGACGUGCGAAUCGAUGGGGUUCCGUUACGAAUUGCGUAGAAUAGAGGAGAAGGAUUUCUUAGAGGAAGCUAUCAUCGAUGCCAAUAGAGACACUUCGGUUGACGGGAUUAUGGUCUACUUUCCCGUGUUUGGCAACGCCCAAGAUCAGUAUUUACAACAAGUUGUCAGCAGAGAAAAAGAUGUUGAGGGUUUGAAUCAUGUAUACUACCAAAACAUGUACCACAACAUCAGAUAUCUGGAUAACGACAAACAAUUGAAAUCCAUUUUACCAUGUACACCCUUAGCUGUUGUGAAAAUUUUGGAGUUCUUGAAGGUCUACAAUAACCUUCUUCCGGAGGGCAACAGAUUAUAUGGGAAAAAGUGCGUAGUGGUGAACAGAUCAGAAAUUGUCGGACGCCCUCUGGCAGCGCUCCUGGCAAAUGACGGUGCCAUAGUUUAUUCGGUUGAUAUCAAUAACAUUCAGAAGUUCACCAGGGGUGAAGGUCUGAAAUUCUCGAAGCACCAAGUCGAAGAUUUAGGGAAUUACUCCGACGAUCUCUUAAGGGAAUGCUGUGCCGACAGUGAUGUUAUAGUUACUGGUGUACCCAGCCCUGAUUAUAGAUUUCCAACUGACUACAUCAGAGAUGGAGCCGUCUGUAUAAACUUUUCAUCUCACAAGAACUUUGAUGAUAGCGUAAAAUCCAAGGCCUCUCUCUACGUUCCAAGCACUGGUAAAGUCACCAUAUCCAUGCUACUCAGGAAUAUGUUGAGAUUAGUGGAAAACAGGCAGAAGCUAAACCAAUUAUAA